CUUUCUUCGUGCAGUGCCAGAACUCUUGCCAAGUUCUUCAACUUCAACUUCAAGUCCAUUCACUCUGCAUUCACCACAAGAGGAGAAACGGCUGAAAGGCAAAGUCUGCCAUUGGCAUUGGAUCUAGGGCUUAGGCAGGGUGGUGUGCAGGGGACGCAAAGGACUGUUCAAUCAAAACCGCUCAACAUCUGGUUUUUAGAGCUUCACUACAGCUUCUAACGGUCAUCUCAAAAGUAGAGGUGGAGGCCAGCACCCACCAGGCCUGGGGGUGCAUUGGGGCAGUAGGCAAGGUGAAACGCGUGGAUUCCAGAUGACAAUCAAUAGAGCUGACGGGCUCAUUGAGCUCGGCCAUGGCCUUUCUCUGCAUGGGCGGACGGUCUUGCGAAUUGAGCUCUUCCUGACAGAUACGACGCCAAAGAAUGGCUUCGACAGCUGGCAACUAAAACAGGACAUACUUUCGUUGAUCACAAGAAAGACGAGCAUUGUGCUCCCAGAAGAUGACCUUUCAACAGGUCCAAUUCAGAAAGAAGCAAACAGCAAGCUCCCGGUUUGUACAGCCCGCUUGUGUCUUUGGCAGGGAGCACUUGAAAGGGAUGCUGAGAAGCUUAUUGUUUCAAAGGUAGAAGGCAUAGAGAUGAAGUCGCUGAACACCCGCCUACGGUGCUCUAUCUCGGUGGAUCUCCAGCAGACUGCCUCAAAGAUCUGCUCAGACUGGGAGGCAGCUUUUGGCCGGUCGGCUGAUGCAUACAGUUCCUUGGCCCCUGGGAAGCGGCCAGACACACUCGUCUUGCGGAAGGUCCCAUCGCGAUGGCUGGGCCAAACUGGAGGGUCAGAAGAGGAGUCUACAAAAAAAGCAAAGGAGAUCUUCCAUUCGUUCGGGGAGGUCAGAAAUGUCCAUGUCGAGGGAGGCGCAAAGAUUAAGCAGGCCGUCACAGCUGCGAGCAAGGAGGCUAUAGCAUCAUCACUCGAGUGCACUGUCCGGGUGCAGUUCACAGAAGUUCAAGGGCUCGUAAAAGCGCUAGAGGGGCUGUGCGGACGGGUCAUGAGGAAGGCUGGCACGACCAAGAUCGUCGAGUACGAAGUGAACUGGGACCGCGAGCACUUCUUCAGCCCGGAGAAUUGCGCGCGCAGGGCGGCAGAACUAGAGCGGCGGGAAUUGGAGGAGAAGCGGCGCGCCGAGGAGCAGCGGUGGAAGCAGAAGAUGGACGUGCGGCGGGCCGAGACGACACGGCUGCAGAAAGAGCGCGCAGAGCGGGAGCGGCAGGAAAGGGAGGAAGAGCAGCGGCGGAAGCAGGCCGAGGAGGAGGAGCGGAGAGCGGAAGAGCUGCGCCGGCAGGAGGAGCAGCGGCAGCGUGAACAGGAAGAGCUGCGGGCGCGCUUGGAACUAGAGCGGCGGCAGCAAGCCGAACUAGAGCGAGAGCUGAGGCGGCAGCGGGAGGAACGGGAAGAACAGGAGAGGCUGGAGCGAGAGGCGGCUGCAAGAAAGGAAGAGGAACGGCGGCUGGCCGACGAAGUGCGCCGCCGAGAGGCGGAGGCGGCCGAGGCGCGCGAGCGCGCGUGCGCGGCGGAACGCCAGCGAGCGGAAGACCGAAAGCGGCGGCUGGAGGAGGCGCUAAGCAAGCGGAGCCUCGAGCAAAGACUGCGGGCCAAGCUGGAGAAACGGAUGCCCAGGUUCAAGUCAGACAUUGAUUCGAGGCAGCACUCAUCGAAUGGCAUCUAAUGCUUGCAUUCCUCUGACAGAUAUCAAUGCUGCACUUCACUCCGUCGGAGACAGAAAUGCACGAGUUCGGGUUGCCAUCAAGUCGCUAGCUGGCCCUCCUUAAUAUGAUACUCUGCUCAUUUAGGCUAAGAAGCUUAGCUUGUUGUUGCAUGUUCCUAUAGCUGAUUGACAGAGAUGCGCAUGAUUAUGCGAGUACAGCUGGCCCAGAACAUCGUGUUGUAUACCGAUUUGCGGAGCAUCAUAUUAGCAUGAUGCAUUUUGGCUGCUUUGUGCCAUGGAAGGGAUCAAAAGAACCGCGG